AACAAACCACACCAGAAAAAACCAAAGCAAACCAAUUAGUUUUUUUCUUUCAAUCCUUAAAAAUAAAACAGCAAAACCCAUUUCUUGCUCAGAUUUCAGCUACCCACUAUCUUCUUCCCUUUCCUUUUCCUCUCUCUCUCUCUCUAAAACAUGGGUUUAGUAGCACUUCUGGUAUAGAUUUCAUUUAUAGACAGAAAGAAGAGGAAGGAAAAGAACAUGGAAGGUGAAUCUAUCUCUGAGCUUUUUUGUCAAGAAAGCGAGACUUGUCUCGCAGAAGAAGUGACGGAUGAAGACACAUUCAUUGACAUGACAAAAGGUAGUGCUGAUUUAUGUAGAGCAGAAGAAGAAAAUGGGUAUUUGGAAAUGUUGGUUGAGAGAGAUAUCACUUUUAGUUUCAAAAGUGAUCAAUCUAUGGGUUUUGACAACUGGGUCAAAUGUGUCCGCUUGGAAGCCAUCGCAUGGAUUCUUAAAACUAGAGCAGUGUUUGGUUUCCGCUUCCAAACAGCUUAUUUGUCCAUUACAUACUUUGAUAGAUUCCUCUCCAAGAGGUCUAUUGAGAAUGAGAAAUUAUGGGCUGUCAGAUUACUAUCAGUGGCAUGUCUUUCUUUGGCUGCAAAAAUGGAGGAGAUAAAAGCACCUGCUUUAUCAGAAUUUCACACUGAGGAUUACAAUUUUGAAAGCAAAGUAAUUCAAAGAAUGGAGUUUUUGGUACUAAACACAUUGGAAUGGAGAAUGAUUUCCAUUACUCCUUUUGCUUUUCUUCAUUAUUUGAUCAUAAAAUUCUUCAAAGGCUCUCCACCAAGACAUAUAUUAUCUAGAAUUGUGGGAUUCAUCUCUGCUUUAAUAAGAGAGAUCAAUUUGAUGGAUCAUAGACCGUCAGUUAUAGCAGCUGCAACCACCUUAAUGGCUUUGGAUCAGAGCUUAACAAGACAAGCAUUGGAGUGUAAGAUGAAUUCCAUUUCUUAUUCUGGGUUUGAAAUUGAAGAUGUGUUUCAAUGCUACACUCUAGUCCAAAAACUGGAAAUGGAGAAUCUUAAAACACCAAAGCUUGUAAAUUCGCAGGAUCUCUCGCCUGCUGCCCAAUUGAAUCCAAUAGAUGUUUUAGAGAAUUCUUCAGUUACUUGUGCUAAUGGCACUAAGAGGAAAAGACUUGCAUUCGAUAAUUCUGAUAAAAAUUUUGGCUUAACUGAUGAGAAGCAACGAUAGAGGGAAACUGUGGUUUUAAGGGCUCUGCCAUUUUGGUGUUUUUUUUUAAAACAAAAAAAAAAAUCAAGAUUACUCGUCUAUUGAGCGCUUCUCGAUUAUUAUUUUGGUGUUAAAUGUUCCCUCAAGGAAUGAUUAUAGAAAGGAGAAAAAGAGAAGUAAAAGAGAAAUAAAAAGCAAAGCUUUGGGCUACAUGUAAAAGGUGAUUGCCAAUAGAUCAAUGCCACCAGGUGAACAAAAAAAAAAACUGAGGCCUGAAGAGAGGUCAAGAAAGCUCCUUGUAGAACAGUCAGUUCAUACGCUUACUCACAUGUUCAAUUCAUUUUUUUUUCCCUUUUCUAUGUCCCUUUUUGCUCUUUUCUAAAAAUUUCUUUGUUAUUAUCAUAAACAACAAUAUUUUUUUUUGUAUUUUACCUUUCUUUCUGGGUUUAUAAUGGGAUGUUUUUUUGCAUCUUUGCAAAGGCUGAUUGUAAUUGUGGAGUGAGAGGGGAAAAUAUUGAAGAGGAGGGGCUCUGUUUCUUUUUGUGAUUUGAUAAAUCUGUGCUGCAUGCUGGCCAUCCAAAAAGUAUUGUAAAGGUGGAUGUGAUUGGAUUUGUUUGAAUGUCUGGGGUUUGCCCUUUCAUAGCUGGGGCCGGCUCUUUUUCCCUGCAAAACCUUUGUUGGCUGUAUUGAGGCUGGAGUGGGUCAAGAAACCCUACACAUUGCUUGUGGAAUCAAAGGAAUUCCUUUCUCUC